GCCCAAGCACAGGUUGGUGCUACACUGCGCACACGCAUAACGAAACGUGCGCAACCUAAUAGGGGGAAUAGAGGUUUGGGUGACUUCCAAUCUUUGAGCUCUGCUGCAGUCUAGAGCGCCUCUUAAAGCGUGUUUUUGUCAACGAAAUCAUGAAUCCCCUUAAUGGCGUCAAAGCACUUCUUCACCGUGUGGGCUUCGCAAUGCGCGAGAGCGGUCUUGCGCUCGAGCGCGUAGGCUGCCGCCUUCAGGGCAUCUAUUCCUUUGAGGAAAAAUUGAGCCGGCACGCCUCUGUGCUGCCCAUGCGGUAUGAGACCCCAAGUAUUGCCAAGAGUGCAUGGGUUGCACCAUCGGGUAUGCUGUCAGGCAACGUCUCUAUUGGCGAGGGUAGCUCGGUUUGGUACGGUGCCAUCGUUCGCGGAGACUUCCAGCCAGUGACAGUGGGCAACAACAGCAAUAUUCAGGACGCGGCAUAUGUCGGUGCUGCAAGCGAGUUCAGCCCGCCAGUGAAUAUCGGUAACAAUGUGUCAGUCGGCCAUGGUGCGGUGCUUAAGGGCUGCACCAUUGGGGACAACGUUUUGGUUGGCAUCAACGCCGUCAUCUCGGAGAAUGUAGAGGUGCAGUCUGGGGCGGUGAUUGCUGCUGGUGCCUACGUGGAGGAGGGUGCUGUAGUGCCGUCUGGGGAGGUCUGGGCGGGAAAUCCCGCAAAGAAGCUGCGGGAUGUCAGAGAAGGGGAGGUGGAGUACCUGAAGUCCCUCCCAGGGCGGUACACUGAGUUGGCGGGCGAGCAUAAGGGUAUUAUGAAGGUGCUAAGUCUCAAGCAGAAGGAGUACUACUCAUGAACACGAAGGGAACGUGGUUUGCCGCUCGCAUCGUCUCGGUGUUUUUGCACACAGGCAUUACAAGUGGCUUACAUAGUGCAACGCUGAAUGCUUGUUGCAACUCUGUACUGGCAGUUGAUGUCCUUGUCAGCUGGUUAAUUUUGAGCUAAUGAUUGUUUUCAAGAUCGUAGUUCUGGCCCUACGGGUUAGUGCUAUUGCAUAUGCCUGAGAAUAACGCGACUUUUAUGCCGAUGAAGAAUGACCACAGUUACGUUUACAUCAUGGUUGGACGAAGUGGCGGUGUAAAAACUUAUCAUGUCCACAGUGUUGUCCAGAUCUCGUCGUCCACAACACUCAUCGUUGUUGCUGCUGUUGCAGCUGCGCAAGCAUCUGCCGGUAGUGCUGGCGGAUGUAGCUCUCCGUGGGUGGCGGCUGGCCCCUCGAGGCGUACCACAUCUGUGUAACCCGGAUGUACCUGCGGCGGGGUCACGGGACAGAGGAAUAAGCCUUACAGUAAAGCUCGCACAUGGCAGUAUGUAACGCCUCGCGUUUA